AAUUCUUGAAAUUGCAAUCGGAUAACUCUGUGCAAGUUUAAAGAUAAGAGGCUUCACUUUCUUCUUCUUGAAACAGUACUGUUAAAUUGAAGAAUUUUAGGGUUUAAGAAUCAAUGGCAACUUCUUUAUCACUAUCUUCUGCAACUUUAUUACCAUUUUGCAACUCACCCACCAUUUCUUCUAAGCCCACCAUUUCUCUCUUCUCAUUUCCACCUUCAAAUGCCUUAAAGUUUCAAUCUUUGACAUCUUCACGCCCUUCUUUCACAAGGGUUUUUGCAGCUCCUGAGGUUCUUGAUUCUGAGGUGGAAGGUUCUGAGGCACCUGAUACUAACUCACUCAGUAUCGAUUCUGAUAAGAUGGCACCAAAGCAGAAAAUUAGAAUCAAACUGAGAUCGUACUGGGUGCCUCUUAUAGAAGACUCAUGCAAACAGAUUAUGGAUGCUGCAAGAACAACUAAUGCUAAGACCAUGGGUCCCGUGCCCCUACCAACCAAGAAGAGAAUCUACUGUGUUCUUAAAUCUCCACAUGUUCACAAAGAUGCCCGAUUUCAUUUUGAGAUCAGAACUCAUCAGCGUCUCAUUGAUAUUUUGUACCCAACAGCCCAAACCAUAGACUCGUUGAUGCAGCUUGACCUUCCUGCUGGAGUUGAUGUGGAAGUCAAGCUAUGAAGCAACACUUCUGUAGCAUGAGUAAACCAAGUAAGCUACGUCCUUUUCCUGACUCCAGAUUUGUUAUUAAAGCAAGCUGAAAAAAGAAAAGAAAAAGGAAACACUAUAUAUUGAUGGUGAAGGAUGAAGUCUAUGUAUUAUAUAAUUUAAGAUUUUUGUGGAAGCUUUCCGUGUAAUAUUGGUGAAAAUUUGAAAGUGGACAUGCUUUAAUUCUUGUAGAAAGUUUCCAUUUUUAGUUUUUGUAUUUUUUUUAUUUUUUU